CAUCAAGAACAUCAUCAACACCAUCAUCUCCAUCUCCAAUCAUGGCCGAACCAGCACCGUCUCUGUCGGCCGCAGACAAAGCGAGAAUCCGUCGUGAGCGUCGCGAGGCACGAAUCCUUGCCGGCGGCACCAGCAGACUCGACAAAAUCACAAACACAGCGACAGAUGGCGAGGCCACCUUUGUCCGCGAGCACCAGCCCACCGUCGCUCAGCUCGUCAACAGCUCGACCUCCGCGACAUCGACGGCUGCCGACACGUCCAGCGCUUUUUCGGCGCCUGCUGUGUACGAUGAUCCCCCUGACGUUCUACCCGAUUCAAUAUUCACCUCGCCACUACGACGUGCGUCGACGGGCGAGAACCCGAUACUCAAAUUUCUAGCUGGCCGCCAGCAGCCUACCACCCCCGGCGCCGAAUCACCCGCCGCAGAUGCUGCUUUCCAAGACUUUUUCAGCCAAGCAAUUGCCGGGAACGCGUCCGGCGAUAUGAACCUCGAGCGACUGAUGCAGAUGGCAGGCAUGGAAGGGGCUGCUGCAGGCGCCAGCGGCGCGGCCGGUGGAAAUGGCGCGCCUGCGUCGUCGUCGUCGGCGGCGGGCGCUACUGCCUCUGCCUCGGGCCCUGAUCGCUCGUCGUUGUGGAGGACGCUGCAUUACUUUAGCGUUCUGGGCCUGGGACUGUAUGCUGCGAUUGUCCUGGGAGUGCGCGGGUCCCAGCUUUCGCGUAUCGAGAGCACUGGUGCUGCCGGUGCUGCCAACUCGCGCAUAAUGUGGUACUUUGCGACGAUCGAGCUCAUGCUGCAGUCCAGCAGGUUUCUUAUAGAGAAGGGCCGCUCGCCGUCAAAAUCGAUCUUCACAAAGAUCGCCUUCUACGUGCCGCCUCCAUACUCGAGCUAUCUCAUUCUCGCUGCGCGGUACACGCAUAUCCUCACCAACCUGGCCUCCGACUUUAGCCUGCUGCUGUUCAUCCUCGGCAUCGCUGCCUGGUAUCGCGGGCUGGAGUAAGGUGAUUGCUCGCAGUUGCUGCAUGAAACUAAUAAGAAUAAACGUCAAAUACACUUAAAAUAUGCUCUACAAUGUGCUCUACAUGCUCCACAUACUCUGCAAC